CCGCCCUUCGACCUGGGUCCAGCUUCAGCACGACGAACCGGUUGGCCAAGACCUGAAAGAGAAGUGGGAGGGAGCGAUGAUGCAAAAGUCAUCUAAACACUGGGGCGGGGAAAGGCGACUACAGUUAGAAAGGCAAAGGAAACUGCAAAAGUUGCAGCAGGAAAGGUUGCGAGGUCCGGUGGGUGCUCCCGAUUCGCAGAGGGAAGGAACAAGUGCCAUGGCAGCAGGACUUUUCCUCUCUGAUUCUGGAAGGUGCUAGACAAAAACAUGGAACUAAUUUUCCCGUCAGUACUUAUAAUCCUAGGUUGCGUUGCUCUUUUGUUAUUUCUUCAAUGGAAGAACUGGAGCGGACCCCCGUGCAUCAGCGGCUGGAUUCCUUGGAUUGGAGCUGCAUUUGAGUUUGGGAAAGCCCCUCUAGAAUUUAUAGAGGAAGCAAGAAUCAAGUAUGGACCAAUAUUUACAGUCUUUGCUAUGGGAAUUCGAAUGACCUUUGUUACUGAAGAAGAGGGCAUUGAUGUGUUUCUAAAAUCCAAAGAAGUAAAUUUUGAAUUUGCAGUGCAAGAUCCCGUCUAUCGUACAGCAUCAAUUCCAAAGAAUGUCUUUUUAACACUCCAUGAAAAACUUUAUAUCCUGAUGAAAGGAAAAAUGGGGACUUUCAACCUUUGCCAAUUCACUGGACGACUAACUGAAGAAUUACAGGAACAACUGGAGAACUUAGGCACUCAUGGGACAAGGGAUCUGAACAUCUUAGUAAGGCAUCUCCUUUAUCCAGUCAGUGUGAAUACGCUCUUUAAAAAAGGUUUGUUUCCCACAAACAAGAGGAAAAUCAUGGAGUUCUACCAGCAUUUUCAAACUUAUGAUGAAGGUUUUGAACAUGGGUCCCAGAUGCCAGAAUAUCUUCUAAGAAACUGGUCAAAAUCCAAAAAGUGGUUUCUAGAAUUUUUUGAGAAAAACAUCCCAGAUAUAAAAACAAACAAAUCUGAAAAAGAUAAUUCCGUGACACUAAUGCAGGCACUGCUGGAAAUCAUAGAGACGGAAACAAAUGAGCAAAGUCCAAACUACGGGCUGCUACUCCUUUGGGCUUCUUUGUCCAAUGCCAUCCCCAUUGCAUUUUGGACACUUGGAUUUAUCCUCUCUCAACCCAGUAUUCACAAGGCCAUUAUGGAAGGCAUAUCAUCUGUGUUUGGUGCAGCAGGUAAAGAUAAGAUUAAAGUGUCUGAGGAUGACUUGAAGAAACUCCCUCUAAUUAAAUGGUGUAUUUUGGAAACGAUUCGUUUAAGAGCCCCAGGUGCCAUUACUAGAAAAGUUAUGAAACCAGUUAAAAUUUUGAAUUUCACUGUUCCUUCUGGUGACCUAUUGAUGUUGUCUCCAUUUUGGCUACAUAGAAAUCCAAAAUAUUUUCCUGAACCGGAAUCUUUCAAACCCGAACGUUGGAAAGAGGCAAAUUUAGAGAAGCAUGCUUUCUUGGACGGCUUCGUGGCCUUUGGAAGCGGGAAGUACCAGUGUCCAGGAAGAUGGCUUGCUAUGUUAGAGAUUGAAAUGUGUAUUAUUUUAUUAUUUUAUUAUUAUGACUGCAGUCUUCUGGACCCAUUGCCAAAACAGAGUUCUCUCCAUCUGGUGGGUGUCCAGCAGCCAGAAGGACAAUGCCGAAUUGAAUAUACACAAAGAAAGUGACAUCUUCUGGGGCCAAGGAGGACCGGGCCUUCUGGAGGGAGACCCACGGGCCUGGCAGCAUCGAGACCUGAGCUCG